AUAAUUGAAAAAAAGAAAAAGAAAAAUUCAUGAUAGAAAUUCCAGGACAUUAAUCGCUACAGGCACAAUUUCUCUCCGGCCACCGAAUUCUAGGGUUUUUUACUUAUCAGAUCUAAGCUUCAUCCAUAAGUCAACUGCAACUGUCAUUGAAUCGACAGCUAUUAACUCAUAGUCUUUGCGGGUUUCCUAUAUAGCCAGCCAAUUUCAAUCUUGUAGUACUAAUUUGGGUUGAAGGACGGAAUUGGGGUUGUUAAAAAGGUGCAAUCUUGAGCGGCCAAUGCAAUAUCGUUCAUUGAAUUGGUUUGAUUUUCACUGCGUUUCUGGAGAAUUUCCAAGAAUUUGAAGUCUAGUUAUGAGUUCAUCAAUGUCUUGGGCGGAACCAGCGGAUGUUUAUCUCUCUACUUCUCUUGCUAGUUAUCUUGACAAGAAACUUCUUGUGUUACUUCGAGAUGGACGGAAACUUUUAGGGAUUCUUCGUUCGUUUGAUCAGUUUGCUAAUGUUGUCCUAGAAGGUGCAUGUGAGCGUCUUAUCGUUGGUGAUCUAUAUUGCGACAUUCCAUUAGGUCUAUAUGUAAUCCGUGGAGAAAAUGUUGUUUUGAUCGGGGAGCUGGACCCGCUGAAGAUGGAACUACCCCCAAAUAUGGUCCGUGUUUCAGAACCAGAGAUAAGAAGUGCACAAAAAGUGGAGAGGGAGGCGUCGGAGCUCAUGGGUACCAUGAAAAAGAGGAUGGAUUUCCUUGAUAUGGAUUGAUGUUACAGAUUUUUCUCGGCUUUGCGCAGCUUUGCUGGAAACAGUACUUUCUCCGCCUCCCACAAAAUUAUCUUACUCCUCUUUUGCACUGACAACAUUUAGUACUGCAAACAGAUAAGUAGAUUUCUCAUUGACUUUUUGAAUUAUUUCCGCACACCUUCGUCUUUCCUGUCAAACUAUACAUGAUGUGUCUCCCUCCGGGAUCACAUUGUGUUAUUCGGGAAAGAAUCGAAAUUUGAAGUAGACGGGGGUCCUUCCGUAUAUUUUGUUCUGGAAGGGCUCCAGAGUCUUGUUCUUGUUGGUAUUUUUUGGUAUAAACUGGUAAUGAUCAAGGUGUUCAAUCUAUUGUUUUA